UUGUGAAUCCACCAACAAAUAUCUUAGUGUUACGAAAGUCAAAAAUAGGAGGAGGAGCUGUUUUCGUUGAAAAUAUAAAAGAUGUGGGGUCCGCUGCACUAUUUGCACAGUAAAUUUCUUUUCUAUAUAUAUAUGAUCGAUUUCGAUCAUUUGAAAACACAUCAUUCACUCUUCUCUUCCCUCUGUAAUAAUCUUUCUAUCAGUGUUAUAAAUUCUACGGGUAUAAAUUUUGCCCUUAUUUAAAUUCUCGCGAUAUAAUAAAAUUCCAGUUCUUUUCAUAACACGUUAUCAGCACGAUCACUCUGCGAUUCGAAUUACAAAUGGCAAACAUCGAGAAACUCCAGUUCCCGGCCCUGAAAAUAACUGGCGAAAAUUACGUCGGGUGGGUCACAAACGUGAAACCAUAUCUGGUGAUGAAAAAGAUGACCGAAACAAUUGUAAUCGGUAACAAAUCACCACCCGAACAUAUAGCCGAAGCGAUAAUCUUCCUGAAGAAGCAUUUAGAUGAAAGUCUAAUGCACGACUAUGCAAACGUCGAGGACCCAGCUGAACUGUGGCAAACUUUAAAAGAAAGGUUCGAUAACCAGAGACAAAUCAACCUUCCUCAGGCUCUAGAAGAGUGGAAAAAUCUGAGGUUCCAAGAUUUUCAAAAGGUUGAGGAUUACAAUUCCGCUGUCCUGCGGAUAGUUGUACUCCUGAAGUAUUGUGGUAAUCCUGUCUCUGAGGCAGAAAUGAUGAAUAAAACAUACAUCACUUUCCACAAACAGCUUCACUUCUUACCCGAAAUUUACAGAAAAUGCGGGUACACGAGAUUUUCUGAAUUGAUGGUUGCGCUCAUGUUAGCUGAAAAGAACAAUGAGCUCUUAAUCAAAAACCACAAUUCCCGGCCUACGGGAGCCAAAGCAUUCCCUGAAGUGAAUGCUACAGCGAUAGAAAAUUCGGAGAGAAGAAACCAUGCCAAUCGAGGUCAUGGCCGCCGUUUCAACAACAAACGUGGAAAAACUUACAAUCCCAAAUGGAGGGGAUCUAAUAAGUGGGUUAGACCCGGGCAAGUUUCCAAGGGUAAAGAAACUCAAGAGGAUACCACCCAGAAGCGUGAGACAGUGUGUUACAGAUGUGGUUGUGAAGGACAUUGGUCCCGUACCUGUCGUACUCCUUCACAUCUCUGUAAGUUAUAUCAUGAGUCCACGAAAGGAAAGGCUAAAGAGGUGAACCUCACGGAAAAUUUUGAAGGGACCUCAUACCUUGAAUCCUCCGACUUCGCUAAUGAGUUGGACUAGAUUACUCCUGAAGAGAAUCGAAAUGCCUAUGAUAAGAAUAUUGAAUAGUUUUCAGUAUUACCAUGUAUAAUUAUUAUAUUUCAU